UCCCCCAUGAGACGGCGGGACAUGGCGCAUCACUGUGUUUUCAGAGUUCUGCCUGCAGUAGCAGCAGCAGCUAAAGAUCGGGAGCAGUGCUAACACGGGCCUAAUGGCAAUGGCGGAGGGCAACACCAGCUACCUCGGCCUCACUGCUAUCAUCACGGCGGUGUUUCAGUUUUCGUUUUUCUGUGUUGCAGCAACAUUGAAGAUUGACAAAGUUACAGAUUUCGCAGGUGUAUCCAAUUUUGUCAUACUUGCUGUUACAACCUUCCUUCUCAAUGGCACACACUACUUCCGCCAGACAGUAUUGACAUGCUUGGCUGUGGCGUGGGGCCUUCGAUUGUCAAUCUUUCUUCUGUUGCGGAUAUUGGAAUGGGGUGAGGAUAGACGCAUGGAUAACAAGCGAAACAAUUUGGCUAGAUUUGCUGUGUUUUGGACUCUCCAAGGAAUAUGGGUGUGGACUGUGUCUCUCCCAGUCACUAUUGUGAAUGGGAUCGUAACCCGUAAUCCCGAAAUACAAGUGGUCGAUGUAUUGGGUUGGGCUAUGUGGGGCAUUGGCGUGACCAUUGAAGCAAUUGGCGACCAGCAGAAGCUUCGAUUUAAAAGAGAUUUAGCGAGUCAGCGCAGGUGGUGCGAUGUUGGUGUGUGGAAGUGGUCUCGGCACCCGAACUACUUUGGAGAGAUCCUUCUAUGGUGUGGAGUCUUCGUGGCUUCGACGCCAGUGCUAAAGGGUGGUCAAUGGGGAGCUGUAGCCAGUCCAAUCUUGAUCACCCUCCUUCUCCUCUUUCUCAGUGGCAUUCCACUUCUCGAGGCAUCAGCUGAUAAGAAGCAUGGAAGCAAUCCAGAGUAUCGGGCUUAUAAGCAUAGAACGAGCCCUCUCAUUCCACUUCCACCUACUCUUUAUGGUAGCCUUUCGAAGACGUUGAAGACUGUGUUUCUCUUUGAGUUUCCUUUGUACAACAAAACAAAGCCGGCUGCAAGUGAGGAGAGUCUGCUACCUGAAAGCUAAGUUUAAGGGAACUUUCAUGUUACAUUUGUUCAGUGUCAUGUGUAAAGAUAAAUGGUUCCUUCCACUUUCAAGGAAUUAGCCCUGCUUCUUUUUUCCGGUUGUGGCAGUGUCGCUGUAUUCUAUUCAUUCAUUGUCAUGAGUACUAUGUUAGAAGCAUUCCUUAUAUUAUAAUAACAUCAAUAAAAGAAGGGCUGAAAAUCACCUUAGGUACGAUUGUGAGUAUCACAAAUUA